UUCCCAGCAGUUUGGCUGAAAAAGCUUGUUUUGUCUGGCACUUUUGACGUAGCUUGGCCCGGCUUUUUGAUGGUGUUUGGGCAGCUUGCGGUCUUGUCGACACUUUGGUGCAAUUCCUACGCUAUGAAGAUUCUGGCCGAGCAAGAUGCAGCCGACGCGGAUGCCGUUGCCAAGUGCUACAGAGGUCCGGAUCAAAGUGUGUGGGAGCUGGUCAUGGGGAAGCAGAUCGACAUUGGCGGAGCAUCUUCCACCUUAGAGCUAGCUCACAGGGCUCAAGUGGGGCCAGGGAUGAAGGGAGUUGAGCUGAACAGCAACAAUGGUGGAGGCAUGCGUGCCUUGGUCCGCCUCGCAAGCGUGGACUCCAUGAUCGGAGUGGAACUCACUAAGUCCGUGGUGGAGACUGGCAGGAAGAGGACAGAGGAGGAGGGGCUCAGUGACAAGAUCAAGUUCAUCAACAAGAACUCUUUGGUGAAUGGGCUCCCGGAUCCUUGUCCAGAUUGGCUGCCUGGGGAUGCCUCUGCUGAUUUUGUGUACAGCAAGGAUGCUUGGUGCUACAUGCCUGACAAACAACAGAUCAUUGACCAAGCGGCUCGCAUCGUAAAGCCCGGAGGGAAAGUCAUGUUUACCGACUGGAUCGAGGGUGAAGGUCUAUCAGACCCUGAGGCGCAGAGAUUCUUGAGCCUGAUGACAUUCCCUGCCAUCCCCACUGUGGAGGAGUAUGCGCAAAUGCUGAAGAAGGCAGGCUUUGAGGUUGAGAUCGCGGAGAACAGUGGUCGCUACUCACCUGCUAUGGACAGCUAUGUGCACAUGCUCAAGCGGCAAGCAGUGUACGACGCCAAGAAAUUGUUGGGAUGGGAUGAAGAGGCAUACGAUAAAUUGAUCUCUGACUUCGAGUUCAUGGCGAAUCUGGCUCAAGAAGGCAAGAUCAUUCAAGGAAUGUUUGUGGGCCGCAAGGCGGAUGUACAGCGCGAGAUGACUUUUUGCAAAGAGGCUGCUUUGUUUUUCUAUGGUGACUUGCCAUCGCGUGUCAUGCAGCGAGCAGUGAAUCAAUUGCUGACUGCUUCCGCCCUAACUGUAGCAGCCUAUGCCUCAUCCUCCUUCCACCGGAGUCUGCAUGAGGGCUGCAUUUCCAGCCGGAGUCUGCAGGACAAAAUCCUGGCCGGGACCUAUAUGGGACUUCUGUCUUGGCUAGUGAUGCUGCUACCGGUGAUCAGACAACCUGGGCUGGAUGGUCGCUGUGUUAUGCUGUCUCUGGUGAUUUUUGCGAUCCUGCAGCUGUUUCUCAGCCUGUUUUGCAUUUACCUCACGGUGAUAUUUUUGGGCAACGUGAGCCAAAUCGAUGCUGGCGAUUGGCUGUUCACUUGGAUUGUGGCUCUGAUCGUCGCGCUGAUGAUCGGACCCCUCCUUCUGGCAUUGAGCCUAGAUGCCUUCCUUGGUGUUUUUGUGAUGCAAAACCCUGCAAGUACUCAGCAAAUCAAGAUGAUGCGGCAGGUCAACCCGACGGACGCGGUUGCCAGCAUUUGGGAUGGAGACAUCCUGGAUCUGGCACCCAUCCGACUUGGUCGCGAAGUGCAGAGGCCUCCAACCACGGGUCCAACCACGCAGCAUGCCAUGUCCGUCAGCGAGCUGCCGGUAGAGGAUGAGGAGGAACCGGGUCAGUGCGAAGUGGCUGCCUCUAUGGUGGAGGUGACCCUGUGUCCCCAACUGUCGUGUUGGGAAGCAGCUGCGCCUCAACAGCGGGUGCGUGUGCAUUUCGCUUCAUCUGACUAG